UAGUACUUUGUGCAUUGAGAAGUUAAGUUUUUGGUUGGAUUUAAUUAAGCAGUUUUGACUUCCUUAAGCAAGAAGUUUAUUUUGACUGUGUUUCUACAGAUAUAAUUUAAUGAUUUAUAUAGGCAAAACAGUGAUGAGAAUGAUGGUGGUGGGAUCCAACAGUUUGCUUCUCGCGAGAGUAGUAGUAGUUUAAAGAAUGAGGGAAUUACUUGAAAAUGUGUCUUAUUUGUGACUAGAGCCUAUUUGACUUUACCUUGUGAUUCUAGUGGUCCAUCAUUGGCAUUGGUGAGGAAAAAAAUUGAGAGUGCUUUGCCAGUUAGUAUUUAUAAGAGGGUUCCUUCACCUAAAGGCAUUCUCUCUGGGGAGGGGAUAAGUGGAAACUUGUCAUCAAUGGGAGGGUAUAAGAAGACGAAGCUGUACAUGUGUUCUUUAGGAGUUAAUACUUGCACCCAUCCUGACUGAUUCUUGCCGCCACAUUGGUCUGCAGGCACUUUCCUGGUAUAGAUACUUGGUAUCCAUAGGCAGCCACUUGGAAGUGAAGUAAAAGAAGGAGGGGGGGGAUGGAGAAAAAGCACAAAGCUAUAGAGCAAAGCAUUAAUAAAUAAUAGAUUACAUUUGGACAUAAUGUAGGAGCCGGGCCUUCACAGCUUAUAUUAUGGAAACUGUUCAAAUAAGAUUGACUGUAGGUGUUUGUAAAUGUCCUGUAUGUUACUUGUAUCCAGAAAUAUGGUGAAUACCCCUUUAAUGUGCUUUCUAAGCGAUGGAACAUUUUGGGUGCAGCACAUGGGAAGUUACUGAAUUUUUCAUUGCAGCCAUUUCUGUAUGUCAUUGUUAGAAAGCCAGAGUGACCCGUCAUGCCAGCAUUCGCUCCUGCUUGUAAGGUAUUUAAGCAGUGUUGUGUUUCAUUGGAUUGGAAGACAAGUCCUUCUCAUUCCUUACUUCAAAACUUGGCUCUCACAUGGAGUGCCUUUUAAGCUUCCAGAGUUCAGGGACCUUCUCUCUGCCAUUCAUUGCCAUAUUCCUAGAGCCUAGCAUAUGGAAGGUGCUAAGUAAUAUUUGUGAAAUGAGCAAAAAUAUGUUGGAAUCUUCUCUCCUCUUUCCACUAGCGAAGGUCCCACUUACCGUUAGGGGCAGGGCCCUCCAUUCUUGCCCUCCCCACAGCGUCUGCAGCCCAUGACAAGCCCUUUGGAUGUUAGCUGUUUAUUUUAGUUGGUAGUAUUUUAGUUGGACAGACAUUGUGUACACAUGUGAAACAGUGUGAGAAUUCAGAGCUAAAUAAAAAAAGUUAUAAUGAUAGCUAGCAUUUAGGGCUUAAAAUGUGCCAGACACUGUUCUAGGUGCCUUUCCAUGUAAAUUUGACUCUCACAACAAUUCUUUGAAAUAGGUGCAAUUAUAAUCUCAUUUUUCAAAUGAGGAAACUGAGGCACAGCAAGGUAACGAAGGUACUUGCCAAAAACCACAAUGCAAGUAAUGACCGGGGAGACACUGAAUGUGUGAACCCAGGCAGUGUGGCUCUUGAGUCAGUGGGUUCCCCUGGGGAAUUUUACUUUAUCAGACACAGAAGAGAUCUAAAAGUUGACAUUACUUUUUCAGCUGUAAAAGGUACUCUCUUUAAAAUUUCAAAGUAGCAUAAAAGAUUGCAGUGACUCUGAAUUGCAGAAAUAAUGCUGCAUUUUUCAGUGAGCCAAGGUUGAUAAUGAGGUGGUUAAGGGGACAUUGAAAUGAGAAACUGAAUUUUGAAUCUCAAAGCUGAGUAAGGACUAUGUAUAACUUUUUUUAGGUAUGGAAUUCUAGAACAGUAAUUUACCAGAAUGUAGGCCAGUAACUGUUUAACCUAGUGUCCAAAAACUUAUGUGAAAUGAAAUAAUACUGAAUGACACUUGAUAUCUUGCUAUUUUUCUUUUUAAAACACUAGAAUUAAGUUGCUAGCAGUAGUAAUUUACCAGAAUGUGUGUUAUUAAUGGUUUCCUGUGUACUUUUAUCCAUUUGCUUUGUUAUCUGAAAUCUUGAUCCACUUUUUCAGCUUGUUUUGGGGCCAGGAGGCUUCUUAAAACCAAGUAAUAUUUCUUUGGUGGGAAAAGCCCCCGUAAAGUCAUGCUGUCGAUUUGGUAACAAACUUGGAAUGAAGUCAUUUUGAAGCUGUGUGGAAUUAGACAGCGACCUCCACACAGAGUCUGGAGAGAUGAAGAAAAACGAACGGUGUUCUCUGAAAUCCCAGUUUCGUAUCCCUUUAUCGGGAGCCGACGGUGUUAUUUUGGGGGUGCUGGGCAUCAACAGAGUCACUGACUCUAAGUGACUGCACUGAUGGGGGAAUCUGAACGUCACCCCACCCACAGCCCAGGAAUCAGAGGAGGAAGGACCCUAGAGUGAAACAUGGGCCAAAACCUGGUUAGCAGCCAGGGAGGACACGCACUCUGCAGGCCUCUUAUAUUGGAAACGGCACAGUUUGGCUUCCUUGCCAUCUCUGAGUGUGAGAGAGAAUCCUAGUUUCAGCAUGUCCUCAAUAGAGACCCAAGAACCAGAAGGAGACAUCCCAGCUUUCCCAGAUCGGGAGGAAAAAUAUGGAAUGUGUUUUACCGCUGACUGAACACAGCCAAAUGAACUGUACUGACAGUAGUUUGAAAACCAGCAGUUAGCAGUUUGCUCAGGCUCUAACAUUGUCCAGCACUUUCCAGAGCAAACUCACUGUUUACAAGAACUCUCAGCCUUACGACGUUUAUAACCUCAAGCUUUGCUUAUUGAAAAUAUUUCUGCAAAAGAAAAGUACCCAGAGUCCACUUUUCAAAAUGGCCUUGAAUGAAUAUUUGUGGAUGGUCAUUUUAGGUUUUAUCAUAGCUUUUAUUUUGGCAUUUUCCGUUGGUGCAAAUGAUGUUGCCAAUUCAUUUGGUACCGCUGUGGGCUCCGGCGUGGUGACCUUGAGGCAGGCGUGCAUUUUGGCUUCAGUAUUUGAAACCACAGGCUCAGUGUUGUUGGGAGCCAAAGUAGGAGAGACCAUCCGGAAAGGUAUCAUCGAUGUGAACCUGUACAACAACACAAUAGAAACACUAAUGGCUGGGGAAGUUAGUGCAAUGGUUGGUUCAGCUGUUUGGCAGCUGAUUGCAUCCUUUCUGAGACUUCCGAUCUCGGGGACUCAUUGCAUCGUUGGUGCAACUAUAGGGUUCUCACUUGUCGCAAUUGGCACAAAAGGUGUGCAAUGGAUGGAGCUUGUCAAGAUUGUUGCUUCUUGGUUUAUAUCUCCACUGUUGUCUGGUUUCAUGUCUGGCAUGCUGUUUGUACUGAUCCGAGUUUUCAUCUUAAAAAAGGAGGACCCGGUUCCCAAUGGCCUCCGGGCACUCCCAGUGUUCUAUGCGGCCACCAUAGCAAUAAACGUCUUUUCCAUCAUGUACACAGGAGCACCAGUGCUCGGCCUGGUCCUGCCCAUAUGGGCCAUAGCGCUCAUCUCCUUCGGGGUGGCACUGCUCUUCGCCUUCUUCGUGUGGCUCUUCGUGUGUCCCUGGAUGCGGAAGAAAAUAGCAGCUAUAAAUUUUUUGUUUCAUGUCCAAAGCAAAUUACAAAAAGAAGGUGCUUUGUCGAGAGUCUCUGAUGAAAGCCUCAAUAAAACUCAGGAAGCGGAGUCCCCAGUAUUUAAAGAGCUACCAGGUGCCAAGGCAAAUGACGACAGCACCGUCCCUCUCACGGGGCCAGCCGGGGAGAUGCCAGUGGCCCCAGAAGGCACAUCAGUGGGCAGCCACCCCCGGGCCUCUUAUGGAAGGGCACUCUCCAUGACGCCCAGCUCCGUGAAAUCGCCCAUCUCCAAUGGCACGUUCGGCUUCGACAGCCACAGGAGGAGUGACGGGCACGUGUACCACACCGUGCACAAGGACUCGGGGCUCUACAAAGACCUGCUGCACAAAAUCCACUCGGACCGGGGCCCAGAGGAGCGGCCCGCCCAGGAGAACAGCUACAGGCUGCUGCGGCGGAACAACAGCUACACUUGCUACACCGCGGCCAUCUGCGGGAUGCCGGUCCACUCGACUUUCAAAGCCGCUGACUCGUCUGCAACAGAGGACAGUGAAAAGCUGGUGGGUGACACCGUGUCCUAUUCUAAAAAGAGACUUCGCUAUGACAGCUACUCAAGCUACUGCAACGCAGUAGCUGAAGCGGAGAUAGAGGCAGAGGAGGGAGGUGUGGAAAUGAAGCUGGCGUCUGAGCUGACAGAUCCUGACCAGCCUCGAGAGGACCCUGCAGAAGAAGAGAAGGAAGAGAAAGACACCGCCGAGGUCCACCUCCUGUUCCAUUUUCUGCAGGUGCUUACUGCCUGUUUUGGAUCCUUUGCACAUGGUGGCAAUGAUGUGAGUAAUGCCAUCGGUCCCCUGGUAGCUUUGUGGCUGAUUUACGAACAAGGUGCAGUCCUGCAAGAAGCAGCUACGCCUGUCUGGCUGCUGUUUUACGGAGGAGUCGGGAUUUGCACAGGGCUCUGGGUUUGGGGAAGAAGAGUGAUCCAGACCAUGGGGAAGGACCUCACUCCAAUCACGCCAUCCAGCGGCUUCACCAUCGAACUGGCCUCCGCGUUCACGGUGGUGAUCGCCUCCAACGUGGGGCUUCCCGUCAGCACCACGCACUGCAAGGUGGGCUCUGUGGUGGCCGUGGGCUGGAUCCGCUCCCGCAAGGCCGUGGACUGGCACCUCUUCCGGAACAUCUUCGUGGCCUGGUUCGUGACCGUCCCCGUGGCUGGGUUGUUCAGCGCUGCUGUCAUGGCUCUCCUCAUGUAUGGGGUCCUCCCCUACGUGUGAUGUGUCCCCUUCCAACCAGCAAACAAGGGAUAGUCUGGCGUGGGGACGUGUGGGAGGCAUGUGCCCGCACGUCACGCACGUCCACGCAUCCCGCCCAUGCACGGGCUCUUUCUCACCAGCUUCUCCAUGCUCCUUCAGGUGGCUCCAAACCACACUGCUCACCUAGGCAGUAGAGGCAUCCUCCAGAGCUAACUUAACUACUGUACAUAGUAAUGUGCAUUAAACUGGUAUUGUGGUGAUAUAACGUGGUGCAGUUACUUAUAUAUUAAAUAUAUAUAUAUACUGUAUACAUAGAAUAGGUAUCAUUAUUUCAAAUAUAUUCAAAAUGGGAGUGGAGGUAAUUGCCUAGAAUGCAAUAUUCAACAAAUCAUUGUACAUAGUGAUUUCAGUGGCAAAUUUUGAGAACCUUUUAAAAGGAAAGCCUAGUUUGGAAAUGCUGUUCUUCCCAUCUAACUUACUGUACGAUGACUGAAAUACAGGGUGGAUGGUACAAAUCCGGGAGGGUUGUGCGCAUGUCGGAGUGCUGUUGAGUAAUACUGGAACCAGAGUUCACAAGUGCUUUCACUGAGGAGUCUGUUCAUAUACUGUGUAUUGGUUUGUAAUAUAUUAUAAUUGCUUCUGUAAAUACUUAAAACUGUAAUUUUUUAAUGGUGUGCGCUUCCCUUAUACUUUUUUGAUCAGAGAAUUUUGGAAAGUACCAAAGAAGCAGGGGAAUAGUUUGCCAGUAUUAUAUUUUCAUAUCGUUUGUCUCCCUUCCUCACUGAUCCUGCCAUUACCUGGGCUGUAGCAAGACCACCACGCUCUGGCCUGCCCGGAGCAGUAGGUGUGGCGAGGCACCAGCCCCCAUCAGGGGGGAGUCCCACCUCUGAUCCCCCAGCCCACUGGCCCCCGCCACUGGUGCCACAUGCCAGAUGUUGGUCAGCCUCGCAGUGGCCAUUCACUGUCGCCAGUGUAGAGAAUGUACAGAUGUUAAGGACACGUCACCAAGCACUACAUCUCAAGUCCAGUUCUAACUUUCACUCCUGUUCUCCCCUGCCAUCGGAAGAAAGGAAUUCUUGUCUCAAACUCUGAGGCGAGUCCUUUGACACUCUAGAAAUUCGGCGUGGGGGAGGCUGAAAUAUCAGACAACACACUGGAUUUGAGGAGUUCCUUGAGGCCUUUACUAAGCUGAACAUCUUGAUGCUCUACUGUAGUCCCAGCGGAUUCUUAUAGUGGGAGGGAGAAGUAUGACUAAUGUUAGAGCCUGAAACUAUGGAAAUGCUGCUAAAAUUUUUAUAUUGACAGACAUUUUCUCGGUACUUCAUUGUGAUUUUUCAUUAAUCAACCAUAUUAAAUUUAUAAUAAAAAAUUCCCUCAA